CUACAGGUUGCUCACCUGUGUGCUCAGCGCUCAGAGCGCACGAGCUCCGUGCAGUGAGUGACGGCCGCGCGCAGGUCCAUACCGACACAUUCAUCCUGGUGUGACGGAACGAGGUGCACGCGACGACAACCUCCGCUUAUUAACUGCGAAAACUCCGCCUUCCGCACUCCCCUCAAAUACCGACAUUCUUCACAGGUCGUGGAUUCAGACGCACCACAAACCGCAGCAAGCGACACUGCUUGUCGGUAAAGUGCAGCCAUUAGCGCCACGUCGACUAAAACAAACUAAAGCCGAAACUGAGCCAGAGUUUGACCGCUGCGCACCAUGCUGGACCCGUCCUCCAGCGAAGACUCUGGCGGGGAGACCGACCCAGAAGUUGUCCAAGAGCCUCCGAAAAAAUCGUCUGCCUCCCCGGUCGGGAAGGUGGACAGCAGCCACCGAGGGGGUGGCAAGAAGCGGCAGACGGCCGUAUCUGGAGGCGUCCCCGGCAAAGAUACCAAAGAGAGCGACACUACAGGCGAAGAGGAGGAAAGGAAGGAGCGGGAGCUGAUCCAGAGGGAGGAAGAGGAGAGAAAAAUUAAACUGCAGAUCUAUGUGUUCGUUCUGCGCUGCAUUGCCUACCCGUUCAAUGCCAAGCAGCCCACCGACAUGGCCCGGCGGCAGCAGAAGGUGAACAAGCAACAGUUGCAGGUGGUGAAGGAUCGUUUUCUGGCCUUCCUCAAAGGGGAAACGCAGAUUGUGGCAGAUGAAGCUUUCUGUAAUGCUGUGAGGAGCUACUAUGAGGGCUUUCUGAACAGUGAGCGUGUUUCCCGGAUGGUUCAGAGUGGUGGAUGCUCUGCAAAUGACUUCCGUGAGGUUUUCAAGAAGAACAUUGAGCGUCGUGUCCGCAGCCUCCCAGAGAUUGAUGGUUUGAGCAAAGAGACUGUGCUAAGCUCCUGGAUUGCCAAGUAUGACGCCAUCUACAGGGGGGAUGAGGACAUGCGACGGCAGCCACAGCGAACACACCUGAGUGCCAUGUCGGAACUCAUCCUCAGUAAGGAGCAACUAUACGAUAUGUUCCAGCAAAUUCUCAGCAUCCGCAAGUUUGAGCACCAGCUGUUGUACAAUGGCUGCCAGCUGGAUAAUGUGGACGAGCAGGCAGCUCAGAUCCGCAGAGAGCUGGACGGCAGGUUACAGCUGGCCGAGAAGAUAGCCAGGGAAAGGAGAUACCCAAAGUUUAUCUCUGCUGACAUGGAGGCCCUGUAUGUGGAGGAACUGCGUUCAUCAGUCAACCUGCUGAUGGCAAACUUAGAGAGCCUGCCAGUGUCCAAAGGAGGUCCAGAUUUCAAACAGAAGCUCAAACGCUCCUCCAUGAGCAACUCCUUUCUGGACAUGGGAGACGAGGGAGACAUCUUGUCCAAAUCGGAUGUCGUGCUGUCCUUCACUCUGGAGAUUGUGAUUGUGGAAGUCCAGGGGCUGAAGUCAGUGGCUCCAAACCGCAUUGUUUACUGCACUAUGGAGGUGGAGGGAGGAGAGAAGCUGCAGACAGACCAAGCAGAAGCUUCCAGACCACAGUGGGGGACUCAGGGGGACUUUACCACUACUCACCCUCUGCCUUCAGUCAAAGUGAAGCUCUUCACAGAGAGCACUGGGGUCUUGGCUUUGGAGGACAAGGAGCUGGGCAGGGUGUUCUUGAACCCGACCAGUAAUGGACCAAAGCAAGCUGAGUUCCAUCGGAUGGUCGUCCCCAAGAACAGCCAAGACACUGAGCUGAAGAUCAAAUUGGCUGUCCGCAUGGACAAACCUCCCAACAUGAAGCACAGCGGGUACCUGUAUGCCAUGGGACAGAGAGUCUGGAAACGCUGGAAAAAACGAUAUUUUGUUCUUGUUCAGGUAAGCCAGUACACGUUUGCCAUGUGCAGCUACAGAGAGAAGAAAGCUGAGCCUCAGGAGCUGAUGCAGCUGGAGGGCUACACAGUGGACUACUGCGACCCUCAGCCAGGCCUGCAGGGUGGUCAAGUAUUUUUUAACGCAGUGAAGGAAGGUGACCUGGUAGUGUUCGCCUGUGAUGACGAGCAGGACCGGGUGCUGUGGGUCCAGGCCAUGUACCGAGCCACUGGACAGUCCUACAAACCGAUCCCACCACCACAGGACAAAACCACAAACUCCAGAGGAGGAAACCAGAAACCAGUGUCUCCCAUCAGCCUGGAUCCAACUCAGCGUCAAGGAGUGGAGGAGUUAAUCUCUGCAGCUCCAAGUCGGUUCGAUCACGCCGCCAUGUUCACCAUUUUACAGAAACACACUCUGCAGCAUCGCAUGAAUGACUCCUUCUCCUGCCUGGGUUGGUUCAGUCCCGGGCAAGUGUUCGUCCUUGAUGAGUACUCUGCUCGGUAUGGCAUUCGAGGCUGCCACCGCCACCUGAGUUACCUGAAGGCUCUCAUGGAUUAUUCCAAGAACAACGUGCUCGUCGACCCGACGCUGCUGCACUACAGCUACGCCUUCUGCGCCUCUCAUGUCCAUGGGAACAGGCCAGAUGGGAUGGGGACAGUGACUGUGGAGGAGAAAGAGCAGUUUGAGGCCAUCAGAAGUCGCCUGAUGACUCUGCUGGAGAACCAGAUCACACAUUUCAGGUACUGCUUUCCCUUUGGACGACCAGAUGGGGCCCUGAAGGCAACGCUCUCCCUGCAGGAACGGGUUUUGAUGAAAGACAUUACUACACCUGUUCCUCCAGAGGACAUGAAGAAACUGGUACAAAAGUGUCUGGAAAAAGCAGCUCAAAUCAACUAUGGUCAGCUGAUCGAAUACGCUCAGAUCAUUGUGGACCCUCAAGCAACUCCAGAAAAAAGACUAGAGGACAUGAUGAGGCUGGGAGAGCUCUGCAUUGAGGUCCUUCAGCAGAAUGACGAACAUCACUCUGAGGCUUUCUCGUGGUGGCCGGAGCUGAUGGCUGAACAUGCUGAGACAUUUCUGUCUCUGUAUAAAGUUGACAUGGACGACGCUCUGCAGGUCCAGCCAGUUGACUCCUGGAACAGCUUCCCACUAUUUCAGCUGCUCAACAAUUUCCUGCGAACUGACCCUCACCUGUGCAAUGGGACAUUCCACAAACACCUGCAGGACCUGUUUGUGCCCCUGGUGGUGCGCUACAUUGACUUGAUGGAGUCGUCCAUUGCCCAGUCCAUUCACCGAGGCUUCGAACAGGAGACCUGGCAGUCUGUUAGGUCGUUAACUAAUAAUCUCGCCAGUGUUCCCCUUCCCAAAGUCCCCAGCCUUCCCCUCACACUGCCACAGAUGCCCAGCUUCUCUGCACCUGCCUGGAUGGGACCACUGUGUGAGAACACCUUGCAAGGAAUAAAUCUGCCUGACAUCUUUAACGGCUCAGCCACCUCCGAUGAUUUGUUCUGGAAGCUGGACGCUCUACAGAUGUUCGUGCUUGACCUCCACUGGCCAGACAUUGAGUUUGCUAAACAUCUGGAACAAAGACUCAAACUGAUGGCAAGCGACAUGAUGGAGGCCUGUGUCAAGAGAACAAAAUCUGCAUUUGAUGCCAAAAUGCAGAAAGCAAGUAAGUCGACAGACUUCCGGGUGCCGCUGUCAGUCUGCACCAUGUUCAACGUACUGAUGGAUGCCAAAAAGCAAUGCUCCAAACUGUGUGUGCUGGACAGCGGUCAGGAGAUUGACAAACAAUGGCAACAGUACCACUCCAAAAUUGAUGUUCUGAUUGAUGAAGCAUUCAAAGAAAUGAUUUCCUCCCUCGUGUCGAAGUUUGCCGCUGUUUUAGACUGCGUCCUCUCAAAGCUCUCCAGAUACGAUGAAGGGACACUGUUCUCUUCAAUUCUGUCUUUCACAGUGAAAACAGCUGCCAAAUAUGUGGAAGCCCCUGUGAGUCUGAAACCAGGGAUGGAUCUGGCCGACACCUACAUCACUUUUGUACGUCAGAACCAGGACAUCCUUCGAGAUCGUGUCAAUGAUGAGCUUUACACUGAGAAGGUGUUUGAACAAUGGUACACUGGCUCUAUGAAGGCGGUGUGUGUUUGGCUGACUGACAGACUGGACCUGCAGCUCCACAUGUACCAGCUGAAGACGCUCAUCAAGAUUGUGAAGAAAACCUACCGUGACUUCAGGCUGCAGGGUGUUCUGGAUGGCACGCUGAACAACAAGAGCUACGAGACCAUCUACAACAGGCUGACAGUGGAGGAAGCGACAGUGGCCGUUAAGGCGGGUGGCGGCCUGCAGGGCAUCAGCAUGAGAGACAGUGAUGAGGAAGAUGACUAAACACACACAUAUCACACCUCCUUUCACACACCCUGUUAGUACUUGAUUACCAUCCUCUCUGCCAGAUCGGGACCUUCCAUCACAGUUAGUCAUACUGUUUUUGCAAUUCACCAACUUCACACAAAGCUGGAACAAAAGCUAACCAAUGUUAUAAUAUGUUAUAAUAUGAUUGCUGAGAAUAAAGAUAAAUAGAUUUAUGCUGGACAAAACUGCUGUUGCAUUCCUGACAAAUGGACAAGGUUGGUCAGAAUUACUAGAAGAAAAUGGUAAUUCCCGGUAACUGGGACAGGCUAAUAUUUAGUCAACAAGAGUUACCUGUAGCCUGCUUGAUGAAACAGUUAAGUGAUCACCCAAAAUCUGUUCUCUAGUGACUCAUAGCAACAUCUAAACUAAAACAAAGCUGGACCUACACAGUUAAUAUUGUUUUCAUAAUGUGGUCAAAUAAAGUUAGCAGACAACCAACAGGAAAUAAUGCUUAUGCUAGCAAGCAAGCCAUGUUGAUGCAAUUUCCCACUUAAGUAAAUUUCCCUUUACUCAAUCACAUGACAUUACAACUUACGUUCUUUCUUGUUACCUUCUGUUAAGUACUUUGCCAUUAGUGACAAACAUGCCAGAUAAUCUUUUCCAAAAAUAGUAUCUCUGGGGUGUCAAAAACAAUGGUUUCUGACAAACAUUUAUGGGCAACCUUUGGCAAUGUUGCUGUGAAUUAGCAGCAAGGUUUGUGUAUAUGAGACAGGUUUGCUAGAAUGUUCGCUAUUUGCCUGUUUUGCAAAAAAUAAUACAUUUUAUGCAGUUUUUAUAGUAAUUCUAGUUUUAUGUAUGCAUGACCAUGUAUAUCUGGGCAGUCUUGAGUACUCCGGCAACUCUGAAUUUUCUACGAUGGAAUCAUGUGUCCUUUUUUUUAAUCACAAAAACAAUCAUCAUUUUGGUGUUUUCAAAGAUUUAUUGAUCUUCAGGAAAUAUAACAAAAUCUCCUUGGCCAAAAAUAUACAUACUGCAACUUAAACUACCAGUUUUGGUGACAUAGAAAGCAAUUUUAAUUUCACAGCAGCUACAGAUCCAAGAAUCAUCUGUGCAACAGCUGUUUCUAAGUAUAAAGUGCAUGAUACAGUUGUGUCACUGUUAUGAUCAGGAAGAAAGCACAAGCUAUUACCUGCUGCUGACAGACAAGUGGUCAUCAUGGUCAAGAGUCAGCCAAGAAUCAACAAAAAGCACAUCUGCAAUGAAUUAGAAGCUGCUGAAAAACAGUGUGUUUUGCAUCACCAAGUGCACCAUACCUACCGUCAAGCAUGGUCAUCAUAGUAUCAUGCUCUUUGGCUGUUUGGUGCCAAUUGAACUGGUAUUUUACACAGUAACUGUAACUGUAAUAAUAAUAAUAAUUACUUAUUAUUAUUAAUAAUAAGUAACUGUAGCAAUGAAGAAGGAAGAUUAUCUCCAUAUUCUUCAGAAAAACUGAAACUCGCUAGCCAGAAGGUUGGAUCUUAGAUGCAAGUGGGUCUUCCAACAAGACAAUGACCCCAACUGCACAUCAGAAGUGGCAAGGAUAUGUCUAAAUCAGGCUAGAAUUAAGAUUUUGGACUGGUCCCCCAAAGUCCUCACUUAAAGCCUAUCAAGACUUUGUGGACUGUGAAGCAGACACAAGUUUGUAUCAGAAAGGCAAGUAAUUUAGUUUACCUGCACCAAGGUUGUCAGGACAGGUGGUCCAAGACACAACCAGAAGCUUGUGGAUGGCCUCCAAAAGCACCUAAUUUAGGUGAAAAUGGCCAAGGGACUUUUAUCCAAAUAUUAGCUUUAGCUGUAUGUAUAUUUUUGACUGAGCAGAUUUUUUUUAUAUAUUUACAAAAGAAUGACUACAUCAAGACUGUCAUGAUAUACACUAUCGUUCAAAAGUUUGCGCUGACCGGGAAAAUUUCAUGCUUUCCAUGAAAACUCACACUUUUAUUCAUGUGCUAACAUAAUUGCACAAGGCUUUUCUAAUCAUCAAUCAGCCUUUCAACACCAUUAGCUAACACAAUGUACCAUUAGAACACAGGAGUGAUGGUUACCCCUAUGUAGAUGUUUCAUUAAAAAUCAGUUGUUUCCAGCUAGAAUAGUUAUUUACCACAUGAGCAAUGUCUAGACCAGGGGUCGGCAACCUUUAACACUCAGAGAGCCAUUUCGACCUGUUUCCCACAGAAAAGAAAACACCAGGAGCUGCAAAAUCCUUUUGGCAUUUAAAACUAGACGAGCCCUCAGUAGAGGGCAGAACCACGCCCUCUACUGGCGAAAACCCUGUCCUCCCUAUACAAAUGAUGCAAUAUGUAUCACUUUUGAUCAUCGUACGUAUCUCCCUUCCUACUUGAUCUGCUGACCUGUAACUCCACAACUGAGCAGGGGACCUUAGACUGAUCUUCAGUGCCAAGUUUGAUUAUCCUGACUUCAGCACUUGCAGAGAUAUCGGAACGGACAUAGCCACAUACACACAUACAUACUUACCCAGCCAGCCAGAUACCGCACCGAAUGCAGUAACCCCGCUGACGUUCGUCAGGCGUGGUUAAUGAAGACAACACUGCAUAUAUCGCUUUUUUACCUCUAUGCCCUUGUUAAUCAGUCGUGAUUAAUUAAUUACAAAGCCUCUAAUUAGAUAGAUUCAUUUUUUUAAUCGUGUCCUACCACUAAUAUUUAUCUUACUUGGUUAAUGUCAUUUUUGCUCCUGGACCUCAUAUGUUACGUAAUGUUAGCUGGAAAUCAAUAUUUUGCGAAUGUCUAUUUAACUUGUAAAAUCUGUCUUAAGCUAAUAACUUUUCUCUGGUAAGUCACUGCCCUAUUUUCCAAGACGACACUCCUCUGACUCUCUGACCUGCUGCCUGGAUGCUGGACGUGUUCUUGCCAGUAACGUGUAUUACCCUAUCAAAGAGUAGAUACUGAGCAAGACAAUUAUCCGUAGUUUACCAUAGUACUCAUGAGUACUUUUGACUCAAAGACAAGACGUGUCUUUCUUGGAGUGGAGCUUUAAUAUACAGGCUUGCCAUUCUUGAGUACAAAACAAUGUGAAACUACAGGCGUUGCUUCUCCAUCUUCUCUGCAUCAACUUUGCGCUCUCAUGUCCCAGGGGAAAACCGCAGCCCAUCCGGUGGAGUGACACGUCAAAAUAAGAGCGGUAAUUUCACAAUAAAGCUCUCUAUAUCAAAAUGCAUUGAAACGCGCCUGAAAGGCACCACAAUUUAUUUUCCAAAGUUACAGGGAGCCACAACAGAGGGCUGAAAGAGCCUCAUGCGGCUCCGGAGCCGCGGGUUGCCGACCCCUGGUCUAGACUGUAUUUCUGAUUCAUUUAAUGUUAUCUUCAGUGAAAAAAAUUAUUUCUUUCAAAAAUAAAGACAUCUCUAAGUGGCCCCAAACUUUUGAAUGGUAAUGUACAAAUAAACUUUGACAGAGAAGAACAACUUGUGCUAGCUGGGAUAAGCCACAGCCCACUCAGAUUUUCCACAAAGUUAAGUGGAAGUCCACCGUAAGUAAAACAGAUGAGCCUAUGAAAUUAUGACCAUGCUACAACUUUUUGGUGGCAUUGCCAUAGAUUAAUUACAGCUGUUUGCCAGAAAUAAAAAAAAUUUCCAGUACUGCCGUGUGGUUACAGUAAUCACAAUAUAUUGUUAUAGGUGUUAUGCAGCUUUGUAAAUUAACCACAGAGGAGUGAUCUGUGCACAAACAGAAGACAGAUGAGAAUUAUACAAUUUGGCUACCUAAAUCCUUUACACAAAUUAAACAAUAUGCUGUUUUGUUUGUUUGUGUCUUUACUCCUGUGAACCAAAACCAGAAAUACAUUAAAUCAUUUUCUCAGUACUUUUCAGCUACCGGCAGAUUUAUGAUGCAGAAGUUUGAAAUUAAAAAACUUAUUUUUUCUCUUUAAACAGAUUACCGGUGGGAACAGUAAAAUAAAAUGUACAUGUGCAGCAAGUAAUAUCAUGUCACAUCUGAAAGUCCUGAUCAGGUAAGGAAGUAAACCCAGGUAGUAGCAUAUCCCAUCAUGCUAAUUCCCCAGAAACUGCUGUAUAUACGUGUUAGAACGUAUACGCCCGAGUCAGAAUGUAUGACAAACAGGAAGUCGAGGUGAGGCAUCUGAACCAGAUUUUCUGGAUGGUGCUGAGAUAAACUUCAUCAUCCUCUCUCACCUGCAGGACAGAAAGCCCCAACCUCUUGACAUGCAGCCAUACUCUGAUUGAUGUCACUUUGUACAGUUGAGCUCAGCGAUUACAGCUCCUUUCUGCUAUGUUUUCACCCACAGCUGUAGCUUAAUGUUCAAGAUGCUCUGAGCCUGCAGACUCUGAGCAACCUUGCUGCCAUUUUUUGACAGCAACAGAAGUUAAGUCAAGAAAAGAAAUGUAUUUUUACUUAACAAAAAGCUUGAAAUUGUAAAGUUACCUAAUGUUAUAUGUUACUCUCUACUUUAUCCCCGGGAUGCUGCAGUAGUCGUUACAACCCACGGUCAUUGUCAUGAAACAGCAGCUUUGGUCACACUUUACAUUUUCCUAAGAGCCGACCCUGACAACUUGUGGUCAUGCAAAUAAUGACCAAACAAAUGUAGUCUGACAUUGUUACAGUGGUGGGUAAAUCAGGGAUGAGAAUUUUCCGCGGAUCUGCGGAAUUCCGCAGAUUUUAUCAUACCAGGGUCAUUCUUGUGAAUCGUCUAAAUUCGAGGAGAAAAUUUUUUUUGGGGGGGUGAGGUAUGUUUAUGGUCGGCGAGUCGUAAUAUCGAACGGCUGCUAAUAUCCACCGCGCUGAAUGCGAGCUGCCACUCAGUGAGAGCAGUCAUGUACAGUACUGUAAUCGAAUCACCAUGAAGUGUAGAGUCCAGGGAUGGGAAUUUUCCGCGGAUCCGCCGAUUUCCGCCAAUUUCAUUUCAAGUUUGAACACUUUAUUGUCGCUGAUACUCCCGCGAGAUGGUAACAACGAGAUGGUAACGACGUUAACGAUAGCUUGAUAACGACGAUUGUAAACAGCCCAGCGAUUGGAAGUCGCUGCGCCGCUGCCGCCGCACACAUUCUUGUUGACCUUCCCGUUGCGGUGGUAUAAGAAAGUAGUGAGAUAAUUAGGCUUCAUUGUGUGGGGACCACAAAUGUCUGUCAUAAAUAUUAUGGAUGGUAGUUUUUGAGAUAACUUACCAUUGACAGACAUUUUAUACAGCUCAACUGCCUGACCAACAUCCCCUUGCUUGGGGCCCUGUACGCUGGAUUUUGUCCAAAAACACAAAGCCAAUCACUUUUUGCAAUUCUCAUGCAGAAUCUUCAUCGACCCUGUAGUCCUGACAUGUAGUUUUUUGGAGAUAUAUCCCGCUUUAGCUAUCAACCCCUUUACCUUUAUGUUCCCUUAUAUAUAUAUAUACACACGUGGACAAAAUUGUUGGUACCCCUCAGUUAAAGAAGGAAAAACCCACAAUUCUCACUGAAAUCACUUGAAACUCACAAAAGUAACAAUAAAUAAAAAUUUAUUGAAAAUUAAAUAAUCAAAAUCAGCCAUCACUUUUGAAUUGUUGAUUAACAUAAUUAUUUAAAAAAACAAACUAAUGAAAUAGGGCUGGACAAAAAUGAUGGUACCCAUAACGUAAUAUUUUGUUGCACAACCUUUUGAGGCAAUCACUGCAAUUAAACGAUUUCUGUAUUUGUCAAUGAGCGUUCUGCAGCUGUCAACAGGUAUUUUGGCCCACUCCUCAUGAGCAAACAGCUCCAGUUGUCUCAGGUUUGAUGGGUGUCUUCUCCAAAUGGCAUGUUUCAGCUCCUUCUACAUAUGUUCAAUGGGAUUCAGAUCUGGGCUCAUAGAAGGCCACUUUAGAAUAGUCCAACGCUUUUCUCUCAGCCAUUCUUGGGUGUUUUUGGCUGUGAGUUUUGGAUCGUUGUCCUGUUGGAAGACCCAUGACCUGCGACUGAGACCAAGCUUUCUGACACUAGGCAGCACAUUUCUCUCCAGAAUGCCUUGAUAGUCUUCAGAUUUCCUCGUACCUUGCACACUUUCAAGACACCCUGUGCCAGAUGCAGCAAAGCAGCCCCAAAACAUUACUGAGCCUCCUCCAUGUUUCACCGUAGGGACAGUGUUCUUUUCUUCGUAUGCUUGGUUUUUGAGUCUAUGAACAUAGAGUUGAUGUGCCUUACCAAAAAGCUCCAGUUUGGUCUCAUCUGUCCAAAGGACAUUCUCCCAGAAGCUUUGUGGCUUGUCAACAUGCAUUUUUGCAAAUUCCAGUAUGGCUUUUUUAUGAAUUUUUUUCAGCAGUGGUGUCCUCCUUGGUCGUCUCCCAUGAAGUCCACUUUGGCUCAAACAACGACGAAUGGUGCGAUCUGACACUGAUGUACCUUGGCCUUGGAGUUCACCUUUAAUUUCUUUGGAGGUUGCUCUGGGCUCUUUGGAUACAAUUCCAACGAUCCGUCUCUUCAAUUUGUCAUCAAUUUUCCUCUUGCGGCCACGUCCAGGGAGGUUGGCUACUGUUCCGUGGGUCUUGAACUUCUGAAUAAUAUGAGCCACUGUUGUCACAGGAACUUCAAGCUGUUUAGAGAUGGUCUUAUAGCCUUUACCUUUAAGAUGUUUGUCUAUAAUUUUUUUUCGGAUGUCCUGGGACAAUUCUCUCCUUCGCUUUCUGUUGUCCAUGUUCAGUGUGGUACACACCUUUUCACCAAACAGCAGGGUGACUACUUGUCUCCCUUUAAAUAGGCAGACUGACUGAUUAUGAGUUUGGAAACACCUGUGAUGUCAAUUAAAUGACACACCUGAGUUAAUCAUGUCACUCUGGUCAAAUAGUUUUCAGUCUUUUAUAGAGGUACCAUCAUUUUUGUCCAGGCCUGUUUCAUUAGUUUGUUUUUUUAAAUAAUUAUGUUAAUCAACAAUUCAAAAGUAAUGGCUGUUUUUGAUUAUUUAAUUUUCAAUACAUUUUUAUUUAUUGUUACUUUUGUGAGUUUCAAGUGAUUUCGGUGAGAAUUGUGGGUUUUUCCUUCUUUAACUGAGGGGUACCAACAAUUUUGUCCACGUGUGUAUAUAUAUAUAUAUAUAUAUAUAUAUAUAUAUAUAUAUAUAUAUAUAUAUAUAUUGGACAAUUCUAUGUGCAGUGUAUGCAUCAAGUGCCAAACUUUCUGUUGACAUGUCUUUGUCAAACCUCAACAUGUGUUUUCAUAGCUAAAACUUGCCCAAAUCUUUGUUUUCUCAGCCUCUGGGUUUUUGUCAUUGUUUGUUCAACAUCAUAUUGUCCUAUUAACUUCUGAGGGCUGAGAUUAUAGUAGAGUCAAAUAGGCCAACAAACAAGUGUAGUCAGAUGAUCAACUAUGCAGGAAUCAACAAGUUAUCUUGAUUCUAUAAACUACUUGUUUAAGUAAGGCUGUUUUCCACUGCAGGAACUUGCAGACUGUUGUUUUUUGAUUUUUUAUUUAUUUUUUGCUGUUGUUGUUGUUGUUUUGGUGGCCACAUUUCAAAGAGGGAUAGCUUAAAGUUGAAGGAAAUAAAGUUGAUUGGGUAUACUCAGAGAAACCUCAAAUCACAUAGUAUCUCGCAUAAAGUUCCUGCAGUGUGGAAAGCCACCUGGAGUUUCAUGAAAGUCAGAUCAUCUAAAUAGUUAUAAUAGUUCUUCCUACCAUUUCUCUUUCCACAUUAGUUUGACCUGGGCAUUUGAUUUGAAACAUCCAUAUCUUAGGCUUUUAGGCCUCCAGUUCCAUUGAGGGAUAUUGUAACUUGAUGGUGAAAUGUAUAGAAAUUUGAUACAUAUUUUAGUGAUACAGAGGAAUCCUUUAAUUUACUUUUCAAAGUUCCCAUGCUUUUGCAGCAAUGCACAGAUAGGGUAACAUAUAUUGAACAUUCACAUUCAAGUCUCAUAAGUGUUGUAGAAUAGUCUAGCCGCGCUAGACCCAUGUUCUGAAGGCACAAGGGUCUAGGGCCGCUCGACAGGGAGGGAGGCGGGCUAAAAGGUUGUCUUUCAAAUCACUCUGCAGCAAUUGGGUAGGUAUACAACCAAUCAGUGCAACGAAUAGGCUGACGUAGUUCCUAGAGCGCCGGCGGAUUGUGGCUAAGUCCCAUUAGCUUCCCAACCAGCGGAGCCAACUGGUAUAUUAAGGAUUUGCCAUAUCCCGUCGGCAUAAGUCCAAAUACGUCUUUCUUCUCAAUGAAACACUUCAGUGCCAUCCUUUAUUUAUCUUUCAAGUUGAAUUUUAGCUUCAAAUCUUUAAGGGCUGUGGCCGAAGCUGAGUCGAAAGAUAACUGUUUAUUGUGCGCCGGUUGUUUCUGUCAGAAUCGUCGCGCCUCUGUCAUCACUUAGUUACGCCCGUCUUCUGACUCUACACUUCAUGGUGAUUCAUCCGGCCAGUUUUAGAAGAAUCCAGCCUCGAGCCUUAUGGAGAGUAACUAGACCCACCCUGGCAGAGAAUUAAAUUCGUUGCCGUGGGUUGUCUUGCGCAACUAGGCUAGUUGCAGAAUGUAAUAAAAGGAUGUGCAGAAUCAGUCUUUAGUGUUUUACCUGGCAGUACAGUUGAGCUUUCAGUCACAACAAUGAAACAACCUGUAUUUAAUAGCUUAGUGUUUGAUUGUCAGAUCUUAAGACAAACUCUUACAAGCCUGAGCUAAUGAAAUGUUGCUGUACUGCUGCACCUUCUGCAAUUGGAAAUGUCCUCACCGCUACUUAAAAUUGGUGGCUUUAGGUGGUAAAAGAUACAAACACAUCACCCAUUUCCAGGGUGGUUGUUGACUGUAACAUAAAAUAUCGCUGAAACAGGUUUGCAGGUUCUAUACAUUUUACAUAGGUCCAUGCAAAAACCACAAAGAUUCACUUUCAAUGCAACAAGGUUCUAAUCAGUAUCUGAAAGCAAAACUCAGAGUUUGGGGAAUAAUUUUUGCAAACGUGAGUACAUGUUGAUGCAGUUGUAAAUCUGCUGUCAUCUCUGUUCAUUGUGAUAUUUACUGUUGUAAAGAAUAUUGAACUGUAGAGUGAUAUGGUCGUACUGCCUGUUGUGCAUCAUACCCUGCAUUGAUCAAAGUCUUGCCAAUAAACUGAAAAAGUCUCGAGUUUUUAACAGGAGAGAGUGUGGAUCUGAUUUUCAUCUGAUUAAUGUGCUUAACCUGACCAGAAGUAAGCAAGCGAAGCAGCUCAUUGUUGCUGUGCAUCCACUCACUAGUUUGUUUGCUUGUUGUUGUUGUUGAGACAAUAAUUUGACCUGUAAAUUCCGUGUAAGCUUCUGAUCGACUGUGUGCAACACCCUGCCGUUUGUUUCAACUGUCCGAACCGGUUUGUGUCAGUGCAGUUCCAAAAGGGAAAAAACUGAAGGACAAAAACCUAUAUGAAGAAGUAUAUUUCUAUUGUCCUAUUGUGCACCUGUUUUGUUCAGGUGUCUUAUCUGAGUGUCACUAUUAAAAGUGUUUUUCAAGCA